AUGAUCGCCGACAAGGACAUCAAAGCACUGUUCCGAGGAUACAGCUCACAAUCAUCUUCGCCUUUAGCCACUCCGGAGAUUCCUUUGCCUCCUCCAUACCUUGAGUUACUAUCUGGUACGGGAAUUAUUUUGGAGCGCUCAGCCAAAGAAGAGAUUGAGACUCGGGUAAUCCGUGAUAUAAGCAAUGAACGGCCUCGUACUUCAAUUGUUCAGCUUGCUUCAGAAUUGUCGCUAGAACCUAGAACAAUUGAAAGGCUAUUACCGUAUCAUCGUGAAGGAUGGGGCAGAAUAGGUGCCUCAACAAUUGUAACAACGGGCGAAUUCAAACGGCUAAGUGGAGACCUUUCGAGGGAACUUCUUAAUGGAGUUGUGCAAGUUGCAGAAUUUUGCCGUCGAAAUGAGAUUGACGCAGACUUGUUUCGUAAGCUUCUUCCUCCCGUGGCCGGAGAAGGCACAUGGCAGUGGUUGGGACACGAUAGAACCUGGGUCGUGGGUACGGCAUUUUACAAAGCCAAGGAGCGGGAUAUCCAAAAAUCGCUUAUAGAUGAGAAGAGGGCUGUCGAUAUGCCUGCAAUUGUAGCGGAUAGCAACCUACCAUCAAUAUUUCUGAAGACAGUAGUAUCAACACUUAUCAAGUCACGAGGUCUGAAAGGAAUGAUAGAGGGUGGUUACUAUGUGCCAGAAGCAUAUGUGGUUCAACGUCAGAAUUCCAUCGCGGAUGACCUACGUAGAGAUGGAUUUAUUGCUACGGAAACUCUGAGAAAAGGAGGGAUCGAAACCCCUGAGGAGUUUAUCCGCGACAAAGUCCCGAGUGCACGCUUACUUGGGGCUCACUUUGUAACUGCCGACUUCAUCGCCAGUGUUGAAGGAUCAGUUCUUGAACAUAUCGAACGGCAGAUGUGGAGUGAUCUGAAGGAUCUCGAUCUUCGAUUGAAUGCAGCAGACGAAAAGCUUCUACGUCAGGUGAUUGUGAAAGACCUUCCGGAACUCAGAGAAAUCACCGAAAGAAUUGUGUCAAAAGACCUUGAACCUAUCUUGGCUGAGACCUGUCGUGAAUUUGCUGUGCAACAAGCUGAAGUGGCAUGGAAGAAGAGAUCUAAGGACAAGGAUGUAUCGUUCAGGUCGCAAGAGCUUUUUAAACAUCUUGCCGCCAAAAACGAGUCUCUCCCGAUGCCCUUAUUAUCAUAUUUCGUAAAUGCACUUCAUCCCCAAGUAUCGUUGGCAUUUUCUGUGCGCCUCCGGGAACUUAAGGACUCUGAGAUCCGAAUUGCGGAAGGGGUUUUCGUCGAGAAGUGCUAUACACGGUUUCACCUUCACCACCUUGGACUAGAAGCGCUGGUAGACGCUUCAUUAAAGACCAAGCUGGCUAGCGAUUUAUUGGAAUAUGCCAAAGGAAUGAUCUCUAGCAGUUUAGAUAAGCUUGAAUCUGCUCUUAUUCACGGCGACAAACCGUUAGACUUACAACAGUUGAGGCUAGUAAUCAGAGCUGAAUCAGCGAAACCGCAGCUUGCACUCAAAGAAAUCGAAAAUGGCCUGAUAAAACUAAUACAACAGGAUCUAGCUUUCGAGCUUCCAUCUGAGGAUGAGCUGGGGAAAAGAAAGCGGAGUAUAUUAGAUGAGAUGCAACUGCAGCUUGAAGGUACCAGGGACCCAUCUCUGAUGCUUCUUUUGGCAAUUAUCAUACUUCAUUCUUCAAAGGCAUCGGGAAUCUUGAAAGCUACAGGGAAAUACGUUCCAAAACUUUUGAAGGACUUGGGCAAGAGAGAGCAGAUAGCGGAGACAGACUUGGAGGUGUUGAGCUCGGCCAAAGAUGCCGUGAUCGGAAAGAAAAACAUCGGGGAGAAGGAAGCCGAGCAAUUGAGACAGAUUGCAAAGCGCUAUUUGGUCGGAACGGAACUGAGGCUUGAUUGA